AUGACACUGUUACUCUUGUGUCCUUGGCUGUCAUUUUCUGGUGCGCUCGUAGCUGGUUUGGUUUGCAAUGAGUUCCCGUUGAUGGGUGGCCGUCUGGUGCCUCUUAUGAGGGAACUGUUCGAUGACAGUUUUCUGCACAAGGACGAUCACCCUACGAUCGGACUCUGGAAAAACAUGUUUGACAGCCAGGUCGCCGUCCAGUUCAACCACAGUACUCUCGCUACGACGACAUUCACUGCUGUUACUUCUUUGUUUCUGUACUCGCGUGCACUGCCUCUACCUCCUCAUAUACGCCUUGGUGUGAAUGCGCUGAUGGGAGUCGCCUGCUCUCAAGUCGGACUUGGCAUUAUGACCCUGUUGUACAUGGUCCCAGUCUCGGUUGGCACUAACCAUCAGGCUGGAUCGCUGACGCUCUUGACUGCAGCGCUGUACCUGAAGCACAGUUUGAAGUAG